CCAGUUACACUAUUCUUUAAUUGAACGCAACUGCUGCUUUAAUCGUGAAUCGUCAUCGCGAGUCGCAGCGAUGCGCAAUAGCCCAAUUCGCUGGGAUUCUUUUCAUACAAAUUUUUCUAUCAUUUUAAAACGAAGACAUAGGAGGUUAACGAAACGUACCUAAUCCAUACGAUGAUACAGAGGACACAGUUACUUUAAUUACUCAUUUAAAGAGUGAGUUUCUCGUUCGAAGAAUUUCAUGCACUUCGAGAUCAUUAAAUUAUAAAUAACGAUACUCUUCUUUGAUUGUCGAUUCAAUUCUGUGACUGUUAAAAUAAUUUUAUAAACAUGGUAGAUGAAAGACACAAUUUCGAAGGGAAACUAUAAUGGAAGGAAAAUUUGAAAAUGUUUAAGAAAAUUCUCUACACGAUCUAGAAAUGUUAAACCAAUAAAACCUUAUAUAAACAACGCUUCAUAUUCUACGUUGCUAACAAAAUUCUAUCACCUCUAAUCUAAACAGAAUCACAAAUUAAAAUAAAACCCUGGUCAAAGCAAAACUCUUCACAUUUUCCGUCUACCGAUCAAAGGCUUUACCUCUAUCUAAAAAAUGAUCAGAAUUUCUUUUUGAUCCCUCGCGUAUUCACUUGAAAAUUUCCAAGAGCGUACGAUAACGUGUAUUCGACCUGCGAGGAUUAUUAUGAAUUUCUAUUACAUAUCUCGCCAGCACGUGGCCUACCUGACAGCUGGUUUAUGUUGUCCGCGAGUUACUAUGACGACCGGAACGAUCACCACGCGACCAGGGCGAACACACGGUUGGCGUUUCUUGGAAACUUCGCAACAGUAAUGUAUCCGCGAUAGUUUGCUGGUGAAUUUGCGACACGAAACGGUAAAUUACUCCCUGGAGAAGAAAAAUGGUGGUGGUGGACAAACGUAGAUCUUUGAUAGUGUCCACGGCGAGACAUUUCUUCGGGGUCCCACUGACGGACGAGGAGACCAUCGCUGAUGGACAGUCGGUGUUGGACAAUUUCCUGGACAAAGCCACGUGCAGGACCCUCUGCGCGCAACCAGCUGACGAGGAUGACGAAAUACAGCUGAAGUUGAGCAACGAGUUGCCUGUUGGGAGAAACACUUUGGUUUUCUUCAAGUUGACAGAAGCUCCAGUGACCGAGAAGAAUUUCCACGAGCUGGUUCAGGUGACAUCCACCGGUACCGGCAAAGGAUCGACCCUGAUCGAGGCACUUCGGCAAGUAUGGGCUCCGACUCUGCGAUCCUCCGGCCUCAGUUCGUCGUGUUUGAAGAAACUAGAGGAGAAUCUUCUCGGCUCGCCGGCUACGGCUUCUGUUCUCGAGGAGGAGGAUUAUUGGAGGAAGAAAUGGGAGGAGACGAAGCGUUCGCACGACAGGACGAUCUACGGCGAGGCUGUGAAGAGCUUGAAGAGCAUCAGGGCCGAGCUCGAGAGCGCAGCGGUGGCUAGAGAUGGGUUAAUUGGAGUGGAAGAUGCUGUCGAGGCAGUUUCGGGUUACGUCGACGACUUAUGGAAGUUAGGGGACACGGUGUACUCCGAAGAACGUAUGAAGUCCUUUCUGGACAUUAUUGGGGACGAAGUGGUGUCCCUAGUGAAAAACGUGAUGGAUGAGAUGCGAACUUCUGAUGAUCGAGUGAAAGUCGAGGCGAUGUCACUUGGCGCGAGUAUUUGCGAAAAAUGGACGAGCAUCGCGGAACAGUUUACGACGCUCUUCUGGCCCCAUCACUCUGUUCAUCCUUGGAAGGGUGCUAGCCAUACACCAGAGAGAUGCUCGCGAAUUGGCACACGACUCAGGCAGAUUGCCGAGUUACGUGCGCAGUAUCGACAAUUAACCAGGUUGCUGACAGCUAAUGAAAGAUCAGGACUUGGCACGGAUACCCUGAUGCAAUGCUUUGACGAUGUUAGAGUGGUUUUCGACGAAGACGAGAGGAGCGUCGACUGGAAUCGACUAAGAAGAAAGGUCGAGGAAGGUUUGGUACCUGCUGAAGAAAGGGUCGCACAAAAAUUGAAGUCCCAAAUCGCCGAUGCCUCCACGCCUAACUCGCUGCUUGCUGAAUUUCGACGUUACCUUGAACUGAUGAAAAGGGAUGGCCUGAAAAGGGUUUUACGAGGGGAACGGGAAACGUUGCUCUCAGCUUAUGGAGACCUCAUAGAAAGCUGCUUGGCCGGACCGGACACGGAGGAUCUUCUGGACAGCCCUAGAAUACUUCAGGAAGUUCAAGCUGCCAGGUCAUCGGAAAUGAGGCUCGAAAGUUUGAGCGUAUUAGGAAAAGAGUUGCUGGCUGAUCUUCCCGGGUACGAGGAAAUCUCAUCAAAAGUAGCCAUAGCUCUGAGGGACAUCGAAAGGAAACGUCAAGGGUUCCUUGAAACUUGGACAGAGGAAACGAAGAACGCUGUCGCGAGAAGAGAAUUAUCUCUUGGCACCGAUUCAGCAGUGGUAGAGUUAACUGGAACCAGCAUGAUGCGAGUGACCUACGACCCGAGGCUGAUGACCCUGAUCAGGGAAGCCAGAGCGCUUUCGAGUCAAGGUGUCGAACUUCCUCGCGAGGUGAAGGACCUGGUGGAAAGAGCAGGCGCUCUGGCGGGACGUGCCAGGGCUCUUCAGCAAGUCGCGACCUUCCACAACACCAUUGGCGAUCGCAUGGUCCCGUCCCAGAGGCCACUGAUGCUCACAACCGCUCUCGAAUUGGCUCGAGCUGUUCAAGAACAAUCUGGCGUCGUUUGGUCUGAUCCUCUGGCUGUCGAUGCUUACACUGCCAGACUGAAAGAACUGGUGAGAAAGUUUGCGAAACAAAAUUCUGAGCUGGCCGCGAAGCACGGUUCGUUACGGGACUUGGUGUCGAAUUUAUUAAAAGGAGAGACAGUCAAUCUGAUUGGAAAUCAGAACGCUUGGAAAGACACCCUGAUGAACAUGAGGACCAUCGUGGACACCGUGGAAGCUGAAUAUGGAAACACGAAAGCUUGGAAGCUGCAUUGGGACAGGCAGCUACUCAAAGCAUUGGGUGUAGCUUACAGAGGAGCCCUACCGUCGCUGUUGAAGAAAUUGCCGGAUAUUAAAGUGGAGCUGACGUUUCGAGACGGUUCUUUGCAAUGGAGGCCGUCUCUGGAGGAGAUCCGCGCGAAAUUGUACUCGGCGAUACGUCGAUCGCUUUCGAUCCCGAUGAACUUCAGGGGGGUCGGAGACGCGGCGGACGCACACUUCGGCGAUCUGAUUCAAAGAAGCGGCUAUCUAUUCGGUGGCGUCUACAAGCAGGCCGAAAUUGCUCUUUCCGCUCUGGAAACGCUCAGAAUGAAAUGGCUUCAUCUGGCGGCGCCAGCGAAAAUCGAGGCUGCUGAACGCUUGAAAGGACGAUCGCCACAGGAGUGGUCAAGGGCCUUCAAAGACUCCAAACAAUGGGCCCAAGAGGUUGGCAAAUUACGAGGAAGCGAAGUGAAGGUUUGGUGCAUCAGCGUGGACACUUCGACGACCAGGAACGAUUUGGAAUCGGCCUCCCGUCGCUACUGGGAACGUUUGUGCUCCGAUUUGAGGGUGGAAGCCUCGUCGAGGCUGGUGGCCAUCGUGGAGUUCCUUUCUUCCGCUUCGAAGGAGCUGGAACGCAGACCUCGAAGCGUGGAGGAAGUUGGAUUGGCUUACGAGGCACACGCGCGAAUCGAAGAGCAGUCGUCCGGCAUGGCUGAAGAGAUGGAAGCCAUCGCCGGACUCUCCAAAGUGCUCGCUGCGUGGACCAGCGAGAAACUCGAGGGUGUCAGCGCAGCAUACUCAUCCUGGCAGGACCUGGCCGACCGCUUGGAGCGUCACAAGACAGUAGUAGCCCGCGAACUUGAAGACGCCAAAGUGAAUCUCCGUCACAGAGCAGUGGCCUUGCGAGACGAGCUGGAAAGAUGGCAGACGAAAUGGUCCUCCAAGCCAGAGAUUCUCAGCCUGGACUGGAUCAUCUCCAUGAGGGAAAGGUGGACGAACCUGAGGGAGCAGCUGGACGCUCUCAAUACCGAUUGUCGAAGGAUAGAGCUGAACGUCGACGACGUUUUGGAAAGCAACGAGGAGAACAUGAAGAAGCUGGAGUUGCAGCUGGAAGGAGAGGAAUCCAACUGCCGGUUUCAGGCUGAGUUCUUGGAGGAGUUGAAAAACCAAGAGGACGAAGAAUGGACAGUGGCGAGGAGAAGGCUCCCCAGGCUUCACGACUGGCUGGAUUCUUGGGAGAGCAGGAUACGUGUCCAGUUGAAGGAUCAAUUGAAAGAUGAAUCCUUGGAUCAGAGGGACAGUAUGGAGAUGGACACCUCCGUUGGCAGAAAGGUGCGCGAGGUCAGGGACGCCAUCGAGUGGCUUCAGCUUCUUCGAGGCGAUGAAAUCGCGGAUGAACAUUGGGGUGAAUUGAAACCACUCCUGAAUUUGAACGACGUCAGGCACACAAGGGAUAUUACCUUGGGCCACUUGCUUCGUUCCGUGGAGAAGAUCCAGGAGCACUCUGAGAGGAUCAAGGAAAUAGGAAAGAGAGCAGCAGCGGAGAGCGGCAUACGCCAGGGGUUGAUGGAACUCGAAUCCUGGGAGGCGUCUGCUCAUUUUCAACUUCAAGACUCAAAGGACAGUAAGAACGUCAGCAUACUUCUCGUGGAGGAGUAUGGAACUUUAUUAGCAAGGGCAGGUGAACUGAGACUGUUGCUGGAGGGCGCGAAAGGGGCAGCUGGGUACGAGAGGUUCGCUGCCCGCGUGGCUCGUUGCGAAAGCGGACUUUCCGAGAUGGAGGAGCGAAUAAAGAUACUGAGCACUAUUCAGAGGAAAUGGGUUUACUUGGAACCAGUUUACGAGGGAGGCGCAGCUCCUAACGACACCGGACGGUGGUCAAGGGCCAACAAAGAGUUCAGGUAUCUCAUGGGAGAAGUGUCUCGUGAUCCAAGGCUAUCAUCCCUAAGGAGGCUUCCCAUUUCAGCCUUCACGAAUUUAAAAGAUCUCCUCGACAGAUGCCAGAGAAGUCUCGACGAGUACUUGGAGGAGAAACGCUCUUCCUACCCACGCCUGUACUUCCUAAGCGACGAAGAUCUCCUCGAAUUAGUGUCAGCCAACGGCAGGGGCCUGGAAGCUCAUCUACCAAAGCUCUACCAAGGUGUAGGUACGAUAAUAAAGGACGACAAUGGUCUGAUAGCCGUUGUAUCGCCAGAAGGUGAAAAAUUAGAGUUACCUAAUCCUGUGGACCUUCGAGAUUCUCUUCCACGGUGGUUGAGCAAUCUUGAAGAGGGGAUGAAAAGCACGCUUCGUCAGAGCUUGGAAAAAUGCCUGGUAGACACCAUGCCUGAUCCAUCGGCUUAUCCAACUCAAGUGCUGUUACUGGCAGAAAGAAUUCGAUUCACGGAACGAUGCGAGGCAGCGUUGAAGGAGGGUCGUUCGUCUUUGAAGAAACUCGUCGAAUAUCUGGAGACACAAAGAGCGAGAUACAGAGGGCUGGAGGAUGCUGGUGACAAAUUGACCGCUUUGAAAGCUCGCGGCCUGCUCCUUGACACUGUUCACCAUCUCGAGGUAGCCAGGAAUCUUCUGAACGUCACCCUGCAGGACGAGAGCACCGUUUGGACCUGGCAGAGGCAGCUGAGGAGUUACAGGACUAAUAAAGGACCAGUGGUGCGAUGCGCUGGAGCGGAAUUUCCAUACCGUUUCGAGUAUCAAGGGGCGGCAGUGGGUUUGGUGCAAACUCCGUUGACAGAGAGGUGUUUCCUGGCACUCGCUCAGGCUAUGAAACUCGGCUUGGGUGGAAGCCCAACCGGGCCAGCUGGAACUGGAAAAACCGAAAGCGUCAAAGCGCUGGGGGCUAUUCUCGGCAGGCUGGUUUUAGUUUUCAAUUGCGACGAAGGAAUGGACGCUGGUAGCAUGCGACGAAUCCUAGGUGGUCUCGCUCAAGCUGGGGCAUGGGGUUGCUUCGACGAAUUUAAUCGCCUCGAGGAAGAAACCCUGAGCGCUGUGGCGAUGCUGGUUAGACCUCUUCAGGAAGCUGUUCGCGACGGCUCCUCUCAGGUUCUAUUGGACGACCAGAAGGUGAAUCUCGAUCCACACUGCUGCGUGUUCAUCACGAUGAAUCCCGCUGGGGUCGAGUACGGUGGAAGACGCAAGCUUCCAGAUUCCUUAGCGAGACUCUUCAGGCCGAUUGGAAUGGCUCAUCCCGACAGGUCGGACAUAGUGAAGGCGUUGCUGGAGUGUGCUGGAUUCCUGGAGGCCUCGACGUUGGCUGUCCAGCUCGUGGAAACUCUGGAUACAGCUGAGAUACUGCUUUCCAAUCAGCCUCACUAUGAUUGGGGUCUCAGAGCUCUCAGAUCUGUCCUCGACGCGAUUCCUACGGCAUCUGACUUGGACGAAACCAGCAGAUUAGUGGCUGCAAUCAGAGCAUCAACGCUGCCCAAGUUGACAGAGGAGGACACACAAAAAUUUCUGUCAUUACUGGAAGACGUUUUUCCAAAAGCUGCUCCUUCGUCCUACUCUUUCAUUGACAGGAGAGAUUUGCAGACAGCUUUGCUGGAACUUUGUUCCAACCAGGAGCUAGGGGAGGAAAUAGCGAACAGAUGCAUUCAGUUGAACGAUCAACUGAAGAGCAGAACCGGCGUGGCAAUCGUUGGUCCACCAGGAAGCGGUAAAACGACCAUAAGGAAACUGUUAUGCGACGCACUAACGAAAAUUGGAGAAACGGUUAUUGAAUUCCACGUUUAUCCUGGCGCCAUGCCGAAGUCUAGACUUUUAGGACGCAUCGAUCCUCAAACUAGGGAAUGGAAGGAAGGUCUGUUAUCGAGCGUGGUGGCAUCAGCCGGCGAAUCUACGACUUGGAUCAUCCUGAAUGGUGACGUGGAACCCGAUUGGGCCGAAGCUCUCAACUCCGCUCUAGACGACAAUCGAUUGCUGACCUUACCCAAUGGCGUGGGCGUGAAACUUGGCACCGGAACAAAGUUCAUCUUCGAGACCCACAAGCUGGCUGGCGCGAGUCCAGCCACAGUUUCGCGAUUAGGAGUGGUUCACUUGGGCUCGACGAGCCCAAAUUCUUUGCUGGUACCGUCUCGAUUGAAAGCGUUGCCAGAGGCGGCGAAAGAGUUCUCGAAUUCUCAUCUUUGUCCCUGUAUCGAGGAAUGCUUGAAGAUCAACGCGGAUAUUUCCUCUGCCUCUGGUUUAAUGGACUCCGCGUUCUGCCAUUUAAAGAAAGCUCGCACCUACACCUCAGCUUCCUACGCUCUGAUUGCGUCUUUGUGCAGUCAAAUAGGGGAUGAAACUCCUAGGGACGAUUUGGCACGUUUUGUUUACCAAUCGACCGAUUGCUGGUGUCCAAAUCCAGAGAAACCGAACGCUGUGCUGUACAAUGAGGAUACGGAUAGAUUGGAAGCUGUCGGAGAUGCUAACCAAUCGACGGACACGGACGAUGGACCUGUUUCUCUGUCAGGAGCAAUGAAGGGAGCCUUAUCAUCCAUCUUACCGUGGGUCGGGGAAAACCAGCCUAUUAUGAUAAGAGGCCCAGACGGUUGCGGGAAAAGCACCCUAAUAUCCGUUAUACUGUCUACCAUCAGAAACAACGAGCCUUCGACUUUGAUAAAAGGAUCGUCCCUUUACGGGCCCCAGGAUUUGGUGACGAAAUUGAAAAGAGGCUGCGUGCAACUGAACUCAUCCUCACACGGGAGAACGUAUAAACCUAGAAAUGGUUCGAGAGUUGUCUUGAUUUUGGAAGAUUUGCACCUUGCUUCCAAGGAUUUGCAGGAGUUGGUACGAGAGCUUCUUCAAGAAGGAGGGUUCCACGAGGAGGAUCUUGAAUUUGCCAUUGUUCCUUUGACCAUUGUUUGCACAGCUGAUGCAACGACUAGACUACACCCGAGGCUGGAAGCACUUUUGUCUACUCACUAUUUACCGUAUCCAAAUCGAAAGGACAUUGUAUCAGUUUUGGAACUGCAUCUGAGGAGCUCCUUGAAAGGGGACUAUAUCCUGAUCGAAUCUUGGAUCGCGCUGAUGGCGCCCGCCAUGCUGGAAGCUUUCGAGUUAAUGAAAUCCUCGCAUGGCUCGUCCAUCGAGUGGACUCCCAAAGAUCUGAUUUCAUGGGCCAAUAGUUUAAAGUAUUAUCCAACCCCUGAAGACGAAUCGAACGUUACGCGUCAUUUGCUGGAUGCUGGACGACGGUUAUUCAAUCCUAGACUGUCGUCACGGGAUCAGUCGCGCUGGGAAUCGAUAGUCCUGUCGAAGGCUUCCAAAGCACAAAUUCGUGUAAGCGACGUGUACAUAUGGAGACUCGGAAAUACCGGAUUAUUGCCGUUGGACGAGGAACAAUGGACGAAGGAGAUAAUUAACGUUGUAGCGAGAUGCGCCAGGGAAGGCGAGCCAGUGCAAGCGUCGAUUUCGCUUCACCUGUUGCGCACCGUGGCCGGCCUGAGUUGGGCAUUUGGAACUGAUCUGAGAGGCGUAAUUUUAAUCGGACGACCUGGAGCAGGAAGAAAAUCGGCCGCGAGACUCGCUGCCACCUUUUCCUCCCUUCGGCUAGUGGACUCUGGACCUGGGCGUGGCCGAGUAUCGAUGAAAACUGCGGUUCAGGCUGCUGGAAUCGACGGUGAGCCGACUCUGGUUUUGCUGGAGGAGCACCACAUGAGAGAGAGUGGAUUGGCUGUUUUGGCGAGUGCAAUAGUGUCAAGAGGAGAGCUUCCAGGACUAUUUACAGUGGAGGAACUCGACGGGUUAAUAGCGCCGCUGGCUGACGUGGCGAGGAGGGAGGAUUUCUCAGGCACACUGGAACAAUACCUCUACCACCGUCUACGGAAUUACCUUCGAGUCGCCAUAAUCCUGGACACGGGAGAACUGCGAUCACUCUGGUUGACGCGUUCAGGGCUCCUCAAACACUGCGCACUAAUCGGUCCUGGCCUCGGAGGCGAAUGGUGGUCCUGGGAGAUUCCGCUAACCGAACUGGCUAUCCUUCAAACUGGAACGGAAGUGGAAGACACAGAUGAGACACCUCCUGGUGUGAUGGCGAUGGUCAAGGCCCAUCUGCAAGCUCCGCGACAGCAAAGAGCUCCAGCUCGGUUCCUGGCGAUGCUGCACACCUGGAAACACUUGCGUGUUAUUUGGAGCGAAGAUCUAGAGCAAAAGCUGAGCAGCCUGCAAGCGGGUAUAGGCAGACUGGAGGAAGCUGGCGAGCAAGUUGCCAAAUUGGAGGAUGAAGUUUCCAAGCAACGUCAGGAGCUAGAGGCAGAACAAGGCCGAGCCAACGCGGCCUUAGAACAAAUCACAGCCACUAUGAGGGGCGCAACUGGCCAAAGAGGAGAGAUGACCACCCUGAAGGCUGAAACUGAAAAGGAGAGCGCUGAACUGGCGCGCAGAAAGGCUGACAUCGAGGGAGAAUUGGGCAAGGUCGAGCCUUUAGUGGAACAAGCUGCGCAAGCAGUGGCAGGGAUCAGCGCCGACGCGUUGGCAGAGGUUCGUUCCUUGAGGGCUCCUCCAGCACCUGUUCGAGACGUCCUCGAAGGUGUCCUUCGAUUAAUGGGGAUAAAAGACACCUCUUGGAACAGCAUGAAGACGUUCCUGGCGAAACGAGGGAUCAAAGAUGAGAUUAGGACUUGGGACGCGAGAAGAAGCACGUCGUUCAGUUUGGACGCGGUCGAGAAGUUGGUCAAGGAGCGUCCCGAAAGUUUCGAGCAGAAAACUGCGAAAAGAGCCUCGGUGGCGGCUGCCCCAUUGGCUGCUUGGGUCCUGGCGAAUCUUCAGUACGGUCAGAUCCUUCAGCAGGUCGCUCCUCUCGAGAGGGAACAACGACUGCUGGCUGAGCGUUUGUCUGCGGCUGAAGCUCAGAUCGGUAAGCUGGCAGCUGGACUCAACAGUGUCGAAAGUCGCGUGGCCCAGCUUCAGGAGCAACUUGCUGAGCACUCAAGGGGUGCAGCAGCGCUACAAUUGCGUGCCGAGGCUACCGAGGCUAGACUUGCAACUGCCAGGGCGUUGCUGAAGAAGUUGGACACGGAACAUCGCGACUGGCAAGCACAGAUGGAGGAGUUGACCACCAGAAAAGAGAAACUGGACGUCGAGGCUGCCAAUGUGGCGUCGUUGUUGGUGUACGAGAAUCCUGGAAGGGACGACAAAUGGAAAAAGUUGGCGAUCGACCUGCUGAUCACCGAGAGAGAAAGAUUGCUCUGGCGAGCGCAAGGUUUGCCAGCCGACACAGGAAGUCUCGUGGGCGCCUCCUGUGCUCUCCGAGGUCCUCUGGUUCCAAUAUUCGUGGAUCCAUCGGGGGUGGCGGUUUCUUGGCUGAAGAACAACGUUGGCUCCAGAAUGGAAAUCACGAAACCAGAGGAUGAGAAAUUCCUGACCACCUUGGAGCUCGCGGUACGAUUUGGCAAACCUUUGCUGGUCGAGGAGCUGGUGGAAUUUCCCUCGAUUUUGUUGCCACUGCUACGCAGACGUCCUCUGAGGCUCGGCGACCGAACUUUGCCGGCCCCGCAGGGUUUCAAACUUUUCUUGGCCACUAGACGAGAUCGAUUGGACGGUUUUCCAAGAGAAGUUGACGCUGUCCUGUUCAGGAUCGCCCUUGGGGCUGGGACGAAGAGCCUGGCUGAGAGAUUCGUUGAAAGGGUUUUGUUAAAGGAGACGCCAGAGCUGGCGACGCAAAGAAAAGAAGCACUGGAGCGCGAAGAAAAAUUAUCAGGCGAAAGGGACACAGCGAGAUUGGAUCUGUUGGCGCAGCUGGCUACCGCGAGAGGUCAAGACCUCCUCCAGGAAUCUGAAGGAUCUCAGGGCGGACUCUUGUCGUCGCUGGAAGCCACUCAGUCGAAAGCCAAAGAAAUCGCGUCGGCCCUCGAGGAAAGCCGACGAAGCUUGGAAGACGUCGCCAGGAGAGCCACGGAUCACGAGAAAUUAGCCAAAUUCGCCGCUGGUUUGUACAAAACAGUGAAAGCCUCGACAGCUUUGAGUCCAUUGUAUGUCUUCUCAGCGGAAGCUUUCACAGACAUUUAUUUGGAGGCUGAAGAUUACAGAAGCUCGAUAUUCUCACAGGACCAGAAUGAACAGAAUAAACUGAUCGAAAAGCGAUUAAUGGGUUUAACCCUGCAUUACUGCGCGAAAGCCGUAUACAGAAAGCAUCGACUACCCCUGGCGCUGCAGCUGGCACUCUCCUUGCAUUCAGUGCCGGACGUCGAGAGGGACUUCCUGUUGGGUGAAGUAGCAUUGAACGAUGACGAAGAUCCCGAUUACAGAGUGCCCGAGUGGGUGCCCGAAGAACGACGCCUCUCCGUUAAAGCUCUGGUGUCAUCCCUCCCUCAAGUAUAA